GAACGCUUCCUCGACCUGAGCAUUCUCCGCAGCCUCCGGAAAUUUGCCCGGGCAAGCGCCUUCCGCCGUGCUUUGCUCUCGACGGUGGCGCUGUCGCUGAGCAACGAGGAUCGAAAUUUGCUCCACGAGCAGUUCCUGGCGAUGGAUCGCGAGAAGCGAGGCACCAUCACGCUGCUGGAGAUGAAGGCCGUCUUGGAGGAACACUUUCAUGUGGACUCCGCAGAAGCCGAGGCCCUGUUUAGCUCCCUGGACACGGACAACGACGACGAAAUUGAGUACAGCGAGUUCCUUGCCGCGGCGCUCAUCGGCCGCGUGCGCGUGCACGAGGACCUCCUCCGCAAAACCUUCGGCCGCUUUGACAAGACGGA